CAAGGGCUGUCAUUCCUGUUUUUAAAAAUACAUUCAUUCUUAAUGGAGGUGAGAGCUAGAGUAAGCUGGUGCUGCUGCAUGAGUUCAAUUUAGUUCCAGCUUCAAUUACAGGACAUCUGAGUUUGCGUGUUCUUUUCCACUGCUUCAGAAUCCGCUCUCAUAUUUGUCCUGAGGGCGUGUUGCACAGUGGCAGAAGAAUUAGUGGGUCAGACUUGUUGAAUGAAGAUCUAUUCAACAGGAUAAUGUGGACUUUAUUGCAUGCGUUAUUAGUGAUUAGUACCAGGAGUCUAAAGCGGUGGGCGCUGAUGGAACAGAUCAGAGCUGAUGACGCGUGAGCCGCUCUCUAGGCAGACGGGGAACAUGCUCCACAUACCUCAGUCACACAACACCUGCAUUUCCUGCUCUCAGUUACGCUGGCUCAGUUACUGUUCUAAGGUUCGGUUCCAGAGACACAAUGGGGGCCCGGGCGCCGGUCGCCUGACGCUCGGCCUUUUAUUCCUUGUUUGUCCAUCAACAGAGACGCUGGACAGGAUGUCGGGCUACGGCUGCACCCAAGGAGAUACGUUCUGCGAGAUCAGGGCGUACGAGCAGGAGGUGAUCGUGGUGCCGGUCUUCUUGUUGGGCAGCUUCGUGGUCACUCUGAUUUUCAUCCUGCUGCUGCGCUUCUGUCCAGAGAAAGUGGACCGCGUCCGGCCCCGCGCCUCCAAGUCGACCCCCAGGAGGGUCCUGCACGGCAUCGAUGCUCCUCCUGGUAUCAACGUCUUGGAGAAUGAAAACAUCGCUCUGGACGUGCCCGAUUCCUACUCCACCUUCAAUCCCCCGAACACCUACUCGUCUAAGAGCCUCAACAUGGGCGCGGGCGCGCCCUCAGUGCGACCCGGCCUCCCGGCCCACACCUUCAGGCCCAGCUUUACUCCCAUCGUGCAGCCCAGGGAGCUGCCGCGCCAGAGGCUGCCCGACUCCUUCAACCAGGUCACGGCCCUGUCCUCGGCCUUCCCGCUGCGCUCCGACUCCUCCGUGUCCCUGUACAGAGCCCGCAUGGAAAACAGGAACGUGGUUCUGAGGGUGCUGAAUGACUCUGCCGACGCCACAGAGAGGCACAGCUUCCUGAGCUUCGCCUCCUUCCUGGCCCAGCUCGGGCCUCAUCCCUUCCUGCCUGAGCUCCUGGGUGUCAUCUCCCUGCGAGCGCCUCUGGUGACGGUCGUGGAGGAGCUGGAGAACCGAGACCUCCUCAGUUUGCUGUGGAGGUGCAGACAGGAUAGCGCUGAUUCGUCUCCUUGUGAAAUGACUGAGAGACGAUUAUUUACCAUGGCCAAACAGGUGGCGUCAGCACUGGAGUUCCUUCACAGCAAAGACCUCAUCCACGGGAACGUCCGAGCCCACAGCGUUCUGGUCACCAAGGAGUUCACGGCCAAACUGUGGGGCCUGCACGGCGUCUUCACCAGGAAGAACCAGGCCGCCACUCAGAGGGACGACUCCAGCUUGAAGAAGUGGCAGGCCCCAGAGGUGCUGGCCAAGCGAGCCGCCAGUCCCAGCAGCGACGUGUGGUCGUUUGGCAUCAUGUUAUAUGAAAUGGUGACGCUAGGUGCUGCUCCAUUCGCAGAAGUCACAGUGAAUGAGCUUCUGCAGUUUCAUCAACGAGGGAAAAGUCUGAAGAAACCCUCCAACUGCCCAAACUCACUCUACUCUGUCAUUAAGGCAUGUUGCCAGUGGAAGGAUCAAGAUCGGGCCUCCCUCGCCGAGGUGAGCCAGAAGCUCUCCUCGGGGGAGAAGAGCGCCUCUGACAAAGUCCUGAAGGCGCCGGGGCCAGUUAACCUGGAGCAGUAUCUGCAGGAGGCAGGGUUCGGGGAAGCCAACAGCUACACCGUCUUCUGACCGACAUGCACCCGGAGGGAAGGACCCUGCUCCCAACAGCAGCACUUAUACAACACUCAGUGUUUAGAUUCACGCUGCCAGUCAAGGUUUGGACACAUCUUCAUCUUCAGUGUUGUUGGAAGAUGGAACACAAAAUUUUCUGUAGCCACCAACAUCAGCCCGAGGACAUAUUUCAGAAUGACUGACAUCAUUUGACUCUAGUUCUGCCAUUACUACAACGUGAAGGUGUGCACAAACCCGACUGGCUGGACCAGUGAGCAGUUGCUGCAUCGUUGCUAAUUUUAAUAAUCCCAGAAGGGAAAUUACGGUAAAGUGUAAAUAUAGAGUACUUUAAAUCUUCCUAAGAAAAUCAUGCCAAUUCAUAUAAAAGAUGUAAUAUAUGGUUUUACAACAUUUAUUAUGUUAUUAUUAGGCAGGGUUAUAGAGAUGAAGGACAUGAAUGUAAUCACAUGGAUGAGCCAGGAAUGAGUGGAACUGUUUACAUGUUAAUAAAUGAUCAUCCCAAG